GAGAGAGAGAGAGAAGUUAGUCAAUAGAAUACUGCAGUUCUUUGGUGUGCCCUCCAAACCAUUUGCCCACUGCCAUUCCAUACGGCCACCAGCCCAUCUCUGUGUCCUUGUUUUGUACCCCUUAAAUAUUUAGCUGAUCAAACCCUUUCCACUUCCAUAUCAUAACAAUACCAACUUGAUGAUUUUAAGGCUUUUAGUGUAAACGUUGAGAUAUAUACAUACUUACAUAUAUAUAUACGAAAUGAGGGUUAAGAAGAAGAUUACAUGGCGAUCCAUCUUCAUCCCAAGUUGUUUCAAAAGUGAAAACCCAUUAGAUUCAACUCCUCUUCCUAAGAAGCCGAAGACUAUCAAGAAGAAAGCUGUUUCGGAGAAAAGUUCAUUACUUGAGAGGCUUUAUUAUCAAUCAGAUUUGAGUACUAGUUCAACAACGCUUUCAGAGGACCUCUCAAACUCACUACCCGGUUCAAACCUUCAUGUGUUUACGUUGGCAGAGCUGAGAGUGAUCACUCACAACUUCUCUUCCUAUAACUUGCUUGGCAAAGGCGGGUUCGGACCCGUUUUCAAGGGCUUCAUUGAUCACAAACUUCGGCCUUCUGCUUUGAAGCCUCAGCCUGUGGCAAUUAAGCUCUUGGAUUUGGAUGGUCUCCAAGGUCACAGGGAAUGGCUCACAGAAGUGAUAUUUCUUGGGCAACUAAGGCAUCCACAUCUUGUGAAGCUAAUUGGAUACUGUUGUGAAGAUGAACACAGACUACUAGUAUACGAAUAUAUGCCUAGAGGCUCCUUGGAAAAUCAACUAUUUAGAAGGUAUUCAGUAUCACUUCCAUGGUCAACAAGAAUGAAAAUUGCUCUUGGAGCUGCUAAGGGCCUCGGCUUCCUCCAUGAGGCCAAAAAGCCUGUCAUAUAUCGGGAUUUUAAAGCUUCAAAUAUCUUGCUAGACUCUGAUUAUACUGCAAAACUCUCGGAUUUUGGGCUUGCAAAAGAUGGUCCAGAGGGAGAUGAAACACACGUUUCAACGCGAGUCAUGGGAACUCGAGGUUAUGCUGCUCCUGAGUACAUCAUGACUGGUCACUUGACCACCGCAAGUGAUGUGUAUAGCUUUGGAAUAGUGCUCUUGGAGCUUCUAACGGGGAGAAGGGCAGCGGACAAGAGCCAGCCUCGCCGGGAACAAAACCUAGCAGGCUGGGCAAGGCCUCGACUAAAGGAUCUGAGGAGGCUCAAGCGGAUAAUGGACCCGAGACUUGAAGGCCAGUACUCUGAAAUAGGAGCUCAAAAGGCAGCUGCAUUGGCUUAUCAAUGCUUGAGCCACAAGCCAAAGCAUAGGCCAACAAUGAGCAUUGUGGUCAAAACUUUGGAGGCUCUCAAGGACUUGGAUGAUAUUCUAAGUAGGCCAUUUGUAUACAUAGUUCCUAAUACUGAUCAAAGUGAUUGCAUGCAUAGAAAACAUGUUAAGGUUAGUGAGGAACAAAAGGAGAUGAAGAAAGAGAAUGGUUGCCACCAUCAUAGAAAGCACCAGAUGAAAUCACAAAAACCCUGAAACAUUCAUUCAGAAACUGCUCUACACCAAAAUCUCCCAUUCGCAUGCACUCUAGAAUCAAGAGGGCAUAUAUAUAUAGACUAGGAUAAUCAUAAAUCACACAGCAACACAAUAGAGAUAAGUGUAAGGAUUCUUGUGAGGACUUAAUGAUUUUUUUGAUUUGUUCAUUCAAAAAAAAUAUGUUCUUCAGUUUGCCUUCUACUGGAAUGGAGCAGUAUAUAUAGGCAAACUACAACUGCACAUUAUUUGUACACUGGUGGAAAUUUUUGAUCCACGCAAAUGCGUGGAUUAUAUAAAUAAAAAUUUAGAUUUCAAGCAAUAGUUAUUAACUU